UUAACACCUUGCUUAGGGGUUACAUCACUUUAUUGCACUUUUUUCUUCAUUGCUUUGACUUGUCCCACAAAGACAGAAGUGGGAAUCUUUCAAUCUCCUAAGCAUGUCUGGUAUAAUUUAGUCAUUGGAGUGGAGUAUCGCAAUGUAUCUUGCGGCUUUGGGACGGAGCCUGUCUCAACUCUCAGCCACUGAAUGAAGCAUCUUCCAGGGAAAGAAGAGGACCAGGGGCAGCCAGAGGAGUGAAGGGCCACUGGGCCAAAAUCUUGCCUGCUGUGGCAGAGUCUGAGACUCUGGACAAGUCAUCCUCAUGCCACUUGUAAACAACAAAGUGGGCGAUGAUUGCACGGUCGGCACAGACAAGGCUUUGCCUGAUGGAAAAACUCUGGUGGAUUCUUUGAUAAAGGUGGUGGCAUGUUACCGGCACUUGGCGUCAUGCGUCGGUGGGUGCACAGACAGCUUGCAGCUGCGGGAUGAGCUGCGUCAAACACGAGAAAAGGCUCAAAAGUUGGCCGUGGCCAUAUGUCAUCAUCUGACCUCACAUCUACGAAACAAGAGCCUGCCUGAGGAGCAGCGUAAGGAGAUGGAGCUCCUCUGGGUCGCCUUCUCCUCCAGCCUAGAGCUCCUCCAUGUUGACAUGUGCAAAGUUUUCAACGUGGGUGACAUCUUCUCUCUGGCCAACCCUAAUACCAUGGUGCAAACUGGCAUACAAGGAGGAGGCAGUGAGGUAGCAGCCCGUGCACUGAGUCUGCCAGACCUGAAUCAAGUACAGAGCCCAACCCUCCCUGCUGGUCUAGAGAGCCAGGAGCGCAGCACCAUGGAGAAGGAGAUCAGCCAAAUUGAUCACAUGAUCGAUGACAUGGAGAUGAAAGUCAAUGUUUUGCGCUGGAUGGUGGAGCCCCGUGGGCCACAGUAUGCAGACCCGCUCAGCAGCACCGACAGCACCUCCCUGGCUCUGCUGUCUGUUGAUGAGGAGCAGCCUGAACAUCAGCCUGAACACCAGCCUCUAUGCCAGCGCAGUCAAAUCUUUGUGCUCUUAUUGCUCUUUGCUGUUGUUUUGGUGAUAGCCACUUUAUCUGUCUGUGUUGUCUUUUUCUCAUGAGCAAAACCUUAAUACACUCAUCUUCCUGUAAAACCUGAGCAAUGCUCAGGAACACAGUGAAAACUACUGCAAGUACAGUAGUUUUCUCUUUACAUUGUUAUCAUUUUAAAAUAGCUGCUACAUUAUCUACUAGUGCAUGAGAUCAUUUGUCUAAUAAUAUACUGAAAUAAAUCUGGAUGCAAACCAGUUGCCAUAUACUUUAAACUAUCUUUGUUAAACAAAGUGACAAUAAAAAUGCAUGGUUGCCAGUUAGAAUUAAAUAAUUAAAAUAAUUAUUACAGUAUGGACAGGUUUUACUCACUCAGUUGUAAAAAGAUAUAGCUUACAAAGAUAUAGUACAUUCUCCUGACUAGUUUGUGAUACAUGAAGAGAACAAUUUCUGUCAAAUUUUAUACCUUGUUGCCAUCAAGACGACAUAGGUGUCGAUGCUUUGUAGUUGAUAUACUGUAAUAAGAAGAAUAUCACAUGGCUGAAGCUUUUUAUUUUGACAGUGUUACCUUAUUGUGUAUAUUAUAUGUGCUGUAGACGACUGACUAUGUGUAGUUGUGCAUUAUAAAAGUAUCAACUUUGAUAUGACACUG